AUGGUAGUUUUCCCAAUUCAUUUUCCGACUGGAGUAACGUUUCAGUUUCAAGAUCAAUAUUUCCUUAAUACAGGCUUAAUUGUUGUUAUGUCCCCUGAAAGCGUCAUGGACAGUUUGUCUCAGAUUGCAAUGAAAAUUUUGGUUUUCCUCUUGGCGCUUACUGUUCAAGUUUUCAAAACUGAAAGGGUAGAAGAUGUGUUUUAUUAUCAUAAUAGAAUAAAAUGUGUAAAGUGUCCAAGAGGACAUAAAGUUUUAAAUCACUGUACCAAAGAUCUUAGUCAAUCGGAUUGUGUUACUUGUGAGGAGGGUACGUUUGCUGUGAGACUUAGUUCUUCUAAGCUUUGUGGGAAAUGUAAAGAUUGCAGCCACACUUACCAAAUAAUUAAGAAGAACUGUACACCGGAAACGGAUACUGAAUGCAAAUGUCCUGAUAAAGAAUAUUUCUAUCUAGACUAUUGUAAGUCGUGUGAACCACCUAGAAUUAAAAGGGUUCGGGACGAAAAGGAAUAUUGUGAAGAUUGUGAAUCUGAUACUUAUUAUAACAGUACAGUGGAAGAUUGUGUAAAAUGUGAUAUUUGUGCGGGAGAUCAAGAAACCAAGCAUGUUUGUAAUAUAACGCAUAAUACUCAGUGUAAACAACUACCCACCACCAGUCUAUCAACCAUCCCAGAGUCUUCAGUAAUCCCAGUAUCUUCAUCAGAAAAAAAUGGUCAUAGUAUAAGUUAUGGUGGAAUAGCAGGCAUAGGUAUAGGCGUUGCAAUAAUUCUAAUUAUUGGUAUAAGUAUUGGUGUUUUAUUGUGUUUGAAGAAAAAGUCUUGUUUAAGAAGUAAUGCCCAUCGGGUUACAGAAGAAGAAGGAAGACCUCUUGCUGAUAGCAGAAAUGUAGAACUGUUAUCCCAAUCUUCACAAGCGCAUGGUAAUUCGAAUGCGAAGCCUGCAUGGAUGAUUAAAAUCCGAAAGAUAUUGGUAGAUAAUCUGCACCCGUUUGAUUUAUUUGUUGCCGAAUUAGAAAACCCUGAAUUUAACGCACCUGCUAAAUAUGGUCAGUUAAAUGAUACAAAUGUAGAAACAAAAUUCUAUAAGUUUAUGGACAUGUGGUACGAACAGACUAAUGAUCCAAGUCAAGAAAUGAUUAUGACAGCUUUAAAACACAUAAAUAGAAAUGACCUAGUCGAAAAGGUUAAGGAACAACUUGAUAAGACAAGGAAUACAAGGAAUGAUGACCAAUGUGUUUCCUGUGAUAAUAACUGCAAAUAUUCACCUAUACAAGUUUCUGACGAUGGUCAGAGUGGUAUCCCUAAUCAUGAUAAAAUUGACUCAGUGGACAACCUACAAAACACGGUAGAAUCAGUGCACAACACAGAUAUGACAUAUCCAAAUGGAACACAACCCAAAGAAAUCAAUGUGUCUGAUUCGGAUGAAGAGCAGCAGACUAACCUUAAACAACCUAUUGAACCCAUGGGCAUCAAAAAUAGCACGGUUGCAUUGGAGCAAAACAUAACUAAGACAAACCACAAUGGGGCUGACCCACUCGACAUACAGUGCACAGAAAUCGGUGUGUCUGAUAUGGACGAAGAUCAAACUAACCCCAAACAACCAUUUAUAACACACAACACAGCAUCAUAGCAUUCAAAUCAAAAGCAGGCUAAAGUAUUGCCAAUCUAUAAAUCUGGCAAUAAAGGUUUGGCAAGCAUUUACAGACCCGUAUCAAUUCUACAAGCUUUUAGGUGAUAAUUCGUUUAAAUUUUGAUUAAAAACUUAAACUU